AUGCGAUACUUGUCCGCAGCCUGGCCACUCUCGGCCGCCAGGCUCCUCGCCAUUUCCUACAUUUUUUUCAGUUGUUUUCUGCCACGAGUCGUUGCCAACGCAUACGACUAUGGUUUCGACGUGGCCGAGCAUCUUUUUCGGCGUUCUUUUGGUUCGCCAUACGAUGCAGAGACGCCUUUUGUUGUCGGGGCCCUCGCUGGCGACCGCAAUGGCACGCUACCCCCCAGGCAGGAAAUCCGGCAGAUGGAGAAGAAUACAGAUAUUUGGACGCUGUACAUCCUUGGUCUCAACAUGAUGCAAUUGCUGGUCGGUAUUCCAUCUCGUCGUAUCUUUUGUCUGGCAUCCAACCUGAUAUCUGGCGGGAAGUUUGCUAAAAUCGCGGUUGACUGCAAAGGAAUCCACGGUGUGCCAUGGAUCGAGUGGAACGGCGUUGCACCCAGUCCUGGCAGCGAGAAUACCGGCUAUUGCACGCACGUCUCGGAGCUUUUUCUAACUUGGCACCGUCCGUAUCUUGCCCUCUAUGAGCAAAUUCUCUUCUCGUUGAUUGAAUAUAUUGCCUCACUUUAUUCAGACGACGACGAACGCGACCGUUAUCUGACGGCUGCCAUGGACUUUCGGAUUCCGUAUAUGGACUGGGCGACCCAACCACCCGCAGGCGAAAGUGUGCUCCCGUUAAGCGUCGGAGGCCGUCCAUUUAUCAACGCAUCUGGACCGAAUGGCGUUCAGCGCAUCGCUAAUCCCCUGUAUACGUACCUUUUCAAACCGUUGAACGCCACAAUGUUUAUUGAGGCACCGUACGAUUUGUGGCUGACGACCGUACGGGCGCCCACGGCUCAAGACUCCUCGGCCGGGUCUAACAACACUGCAGUCUCUCUAGCCCUUAACCAAAACUUUCCAUCCAUCCAGCAGCGGCUGUACAACUUGUUCUCGAACUACCAAAACUACAGCACAUUCAGUAACGAGGCUUGGAUUCCGACAUCAUCUAGUGGCAAGUAUGAUUCGCUCGAGUCUCUUCACGAUACCAUCCACACACUCACCGGCCUUCAGGGGCACAUGGCGUGGAUCCCCUUUUCCGCUUUCGAUCCAAUAUUCUUCUUACACCAUGCCAUGGUCGACCGUGUUUUCGCCUUGUGGCAGAUCUUAAACCCAGACUCUUGGAUUGUCCCGACGGCAUCUACCCUCGCUAGCUAUACUACAGCGCAAGGUGAAAUUCAAGACUCGCAAACACCCCUAACUCCAUUCUACAAGGCACAUAACGGCACUUUCUGGACGUCGGACGACGUCCGAGAUAUGGCCGUGUUUGGAUAUACCUAUGACGACAUGGUGGAGUUUCCACAUGAAAGUUUGGUGACCAAAAACACUACGGCACAAGCGCAAGCAGCCGUAUUAAUCAAUCGUUUGUAUAGCUCAUCCAGCCCUGCAUCUCUUGGACCAAUCGGCCAAAACAGCAACGCGAAGAGAUCCAUUCGGAGAUCGAAGAAAGGUGUCGCUGCUCCGCACGGAACCUGGGUUGAUGGGCGAUCAAAAGACCACCAUACUGGUCACGAUAUCCACCUACGCCCUUGGACCAUCACAGAGGCCAAACGCCCUCCACCGUCGGUCGUCGUGGACAAUGAAUACCGUGAAUGGGUGGCCAAUAUCCACGCUAAGAAACAGGCUCUCAGCAGCACAUUCUUCAUCGACCUGUUCCUUGGGGUUGUGCCUCCUGACACAACGACGUGGUCCUAUGCGUCCAACCUUGUCGGAACGAUGAGCGUGUUCGCAUCUCCAGCAGGUGCCAUGGCUGGUAUGGACAUGAGUGCCGGCCACACGUCCGGCACCAUCCCGUUGACUUCGGCUUUAGCACAAAAGGUUGGCAAUGGGGAGUUGGCAAGUCUUGAACCCAAAGAUGUUGAGCCGUAUCUUUUCAAAAACCUGCACUACGGCAUCAUCAAGGCUGAUGGUGUGGUCGUUGCGCCUGGAGAUGUGUCCGGACUGAGAAUUACGAUUGUCAGUUCGUGUGUGCAGGUGCCAUCGAGUGCCGAGGAGCUCCCUCGCUGGGGCUCCGUCGAGGACCAUUUUGAUUUAAUCUAA